ACGGAGCUAAAAUAUUGUGUAACUCUUAAACCCUAAACCCUAAUGUCCAAGGCCCCAUUCUCAAAUGGCAGAGUAAAGUAAGGGCCAGUCUUCCUCUCUCUCCUUCCCUCUGCUCCGGAGAUGGCCUCCUUCCUCCGACGCCGCUGCGUCCUCAAUUUCCACCGCCAUUUCUCCUCCCAUGCGGCUGCGCCGCUGCCGCCGCCACCACCACCGUCUGAAUCGAUUUCGGCGUCAUUGAUCCGGACCAAGAUCAAGUCCGAGCAGGACCCCGAUGCCAUUGUCCGCCUGGUCAGUCCUCUUGCCGAAAGCCUCACUGCCACUACCUCCGUCGCCGGCCGCCACGCUCGCGACAUCGCCGUCCGGCGUCUCGCCAAGUACCGGCGCUCCUCUGAUGUCGAAGCCUUCCUGGAGGGGAUGAAGAAGCACCACCCGCAGACGGCGAACCCAGAGGCCUUCCUGUCGGGGCUUAUCAUAUCGUAUGGCAAGGCCGGUAUGGUCGACCACGCUGUCCGGUCUUUCGACGAGCUCGAGGGGCUUGGGGUCCGCCCCUCCCUUGCCGCCUUCAACGCGUUGCUCGCCGCCUGCGUCCAGGCGAAGCGAUUCGACAAGGUGCCGGAUCUCUUUCACGACAUUCCUUCAAGGUACCCGGAGAUCUCGCCGGAUAAAGUAUCGUACGGAGUCCUCGCGAAGGCUUUAUGUGAAAAGGGCAAGCCGGAGAAGGCCUACGAUCUCCUGAAGGAGAUGGAGGAGAAGGAGAUAGAAGUCACCGGAGUCACCUACACGACGAUCCUCGACGGCUUCUACAAGAAGCGAAACGAAAAAAUGGGCGACAAAAUUUGGGAUUUGAUGCGGAAAAAAGAAGGCUCUCUGAUCGAUUCCACGGCGUAUAACGCUAAAAUAUUGAACGUCGCCCACAAUGGCAAGCCAGAGGAGGUUCUGAAGCUGCUUGAGGAAAUGGAACGUCUUGGGUUGAAGCCUAACGUCGUUAGCUACAAUUUCCUUCUCACCUCUUACUGCAAGAGUGGAAACUAUGAGGAGGGGAAGAAGGUCUAUAGGCAGAUGAGGGGAAAAGGGUGCCACCCCAAUGCGGCGACGUUUAGGACAUUGUUGUUCUUUUUGUGUAAGGGUGGUGAUCUGGAGUCCGCCAUGAAGGUCUACAAAGAGAGCGUUAGGAGGGAUAGAAUUCCUGAUUUCGGAACCAUGAAGAUCUUCGUGGAAGCAUUGACGAAGGGAUCGAGAGAAGCCGACGCGAAAUCGGUGAUCGCGCAGAUGAAGAAGAAGUACCAAGAUUCAUUUCUGAAUGCGUGGAGGAAACUUGAAGUUGCUCUUGGUUUCACGGAGGAUGACGGAGGAUCAUCAGCCGUGGCCUCUGCAUAGUGUGUGUAUCCGAGGAUGUUGGCGUUUGUUUUUUCACAAGAUUAGAGCAAAAACCAAGAAAGAAAUCGUGAUACUUUAAUGGGUUUGCUAGAGGGAGGAGUCAUCAUGCCAAGGGCUCGUUGUCUUGAAUUUUCAAGUUCUGCAACUGUGGUAUGCUGAUAUGUGAUUGUUCUGCUGAAUUUGGACUAUGAUCAGGAAGGAUAACAUGGAUAAGUAGAGCUCAUGCAACUCUGAAAUGCAAAGUCUCCACCAUGGAGGGACUGCACCUUCAUUGUGAAAAUCAACCGUUCAAUUUUCUGGAUGAUCUUUCAUGCGGUAAAUUUUCAGUUGAUGCUGUAGACAUUUUGAUCUACUCUGUAACCCGACUUACCCCAUAAUGAGAAUAAUAUUAUUUUCUUA